AGUACGGGUAUGCAGUCUACAUAUUGAGUGAUAAUUCGACGAGUCCUUCUCUCCUGCAGUUUUUGUACAGAGCUAUACAAAGCACGGAGUACAUUAUGCAGUGGCUCUACGCCUUAUAUAUCGCCACUGUUAAUGCAUUGAUAGUACCGUCGAUUGACAAUGAGAUUCUCCCUGUGGUAAAUAACAAGCCUGUCAUAGGUGUUCUUGCACAUGAAACUGCUGGGCCGUACAUGAUGUAUGGAGACAGCCUAAUAUAUUCUGAGUAUGUAGAAUUUCUGCACACCGGGGGUGCCAGGGUUGUCCCUAUCAGAAUUAAUGAGUCAAUGGAAUAUUAUGAGACGUUAUUCAAGUCCAUCAAUGGCGUUCUCUUUCCUGGAGGAUCCUUAUCGCUGACGACAUCAAGCUAUGCAAAAGCCGGAAAAAUCAUGUUUGAUUUAGCAAUGCAGGCUAACAAGAAUGGCGACUACUUUCCUGUUUGGGGAACAUGCCUGGGGUUUCAGUUUCUGUCAUUCUUGGUUGCGGAAAAAAAUCUCCUGACGACGACUAAUGCAGCAAAUCUGCCUCUACCCCUCGAUCUGCUUACUCCUGCUUACAGGGACAGUCAAAUAUACGGAAAGGCCGCGUCAGAUGUGAUUGAGAUAUUACAACAGGAGAAUGUGACAGACAAUGACCACCAUUACGGCCUCACCCCUGAGGUUUUCGCUGAGAAUCAGAAACUGGCAGAUUUCUUUAAGGUACUGUCGACUAAUCGAGACCGAGAUGGCAAGAUUUUCGUGUCCACAAUUGAAGGAAAACAGUACCCCGUGUGGGGCGUGCAGUUCCACCCAGAGCAGUCCUAUAACUGGAAUCCGGAAUUUAACUGGAUUCAUACGAGCAAUGCUGUGAAAGUCACUCAAUACUUCGCCAGUUUCUUCGUGGACAGAGCACGAAGGAACAGCCAUUCAUUUCCGAAUCAAGAAUCCGCUCUUUCCGCCAUGAUUGAAAGUUAUUCCAGAUUUUAUCUCCAAUCACUUGAUCCCUUUGAGUCAAUAUACGUGUUUAACUGUACAAAAUCAUAAAAUGAAUUCAGCAGAAGACUUAAUUCAUUCUGGUUUUAUGCAAUUUCAUUAACGUUGCAUGUACAUGUCAAACAUCACCUCAGUCAUUUUCAAAUGUAUAAAUAAAAGCUAUUAGCAGCAUGCAUGCAGAACAGUGUAUUUGUUUUCGUUUAUUUCCGUUGAAAUAUAUAUAUGGUGCUUUCACAAACAUAGCCGGUUUCCUAACAAAGUAAAUACAUAUGUACAUGAAAGUUUUAAGCAGGAAAAGGUUGUCACUGACGACAUGCUGCGCCACAUGUCCAUUAUAUGUCUGUGUAUGUAGGCCCUUUACAGUGCAACUACAUGUAUAUACUAAUAUGAUCAUUCUUUUCUACACUCCAAACAUCUACAAAAAAUGUUCCGAGGGUAGCUUUCUGGUAAUAACAAUGAUAUCUCAAUACCCACUGUAAAGCAAUGAAGUAUUGAAGUAUUCAGAAAAAGACAAAUAAAAAAUACUACAGUCUCUGUGGAGGGUAUUAUUUUGUAUAUUACAAGCGUAACUGUUUGCCCAUCAUUAUUGAUUAUGACUAUUAAUGCUAAAGCAACCAGUACUUCAACUUUUUAUACAGGCAUAUUGUAGGCCUAAUAGGAAGGUCACUGCCCGUACAACAAGG